CACGGCGCGGCAAGUGACAGCGAAAGCAAAUGUGUUAGCGAAUCCAAAACAAAUAGUCGUGGGCCAAUAGCAAUACUGAUUCCUAAAGCAAUGAACAGUAUCGGGGAUAACUGUACGCAGUUGAAGAAAGAUUACGAUACCUGCUUCAACAACUGGUUCUCGGAUCGGUUUCUGAAAGGCGACAUGGACGAUUCGCUGUGCGCUCCGCUGUUCAAAGUUUAUCAGCAGUGUGUGAAGGAGGCAAUGAAGCAGCAUCACAUUGAGUUUAAAGAAAUCGAAAAUGACCACCUCGGGGAAUCAAAGCGGGAGGAAAAGAAAUCACCGAACGAUAGCAGUUGAGAGUCCGGCUGUAGUACCCGCUCAGCGGACAUAUUUAACUGAGUAGCGGAAAAGUUCAAACAGUAGUUAAUUCCUUACCGAUAAACUGCCAGCUACCGUCAUCCUGUGGCGAUGGGCGUCGUGUGAUCGCAUGGUGAGCGGAACAAAGUAAUGGGGUCAGUCUGCUGGUUCCCUAGACCAUCUUCAUUCCCUCAGAUUUAAUUUAGUUAGUAGGAGAGAAGAAAGUCUAUUCUACGGCUGCUGCUGUACACUAUUUUUUAAUUGUUAAAGUUGUUUCCCAAAUAAAUGUGAAAUAAUCAACGUUGCUUUUACGGUUGACACAA